AUGAUAAAACCUGGAACAACAUCAUCAUCAUCGUCAUCAGAGCAGCAGGCUGACAGAAAUGAACCCAAGUACAAGGGCGUUCGAAAGAGAAAAUGGGGCAAGUGGGUGUCUGAAAUUAGACUACCCAAUAGCCGGAAGAGGAUAUGGUUAGGAUCGUAUGACACGCCUGAAAAAGCAGCACGGGCAUUUGACGCUGCCUUAUAUUGCUUACGUGGUGGUGGUGCCAAGUUUAAUUUCCUCGAUAAUCCACCUGACAUUGUUGUUGGGCAAUCACUUAGUCCACAACAAAUACAAGAAGUUGCUGCCAAUUUUGCUAACGGGGAGCCAACAUCGUCGACUAUUACGAGAGGUGAAUCGUCAUCACAUGUGGAGAAUUUCACAUCAUCAUCGUUAGAGGGUGGAGCUGGACAAAUGGAUUGUGAUGAUACCAUAGAUUGGUCGUUUUUGAAUUCGUUAGAUUCUAACGAAGGUGCAUCAAAUUUUGGACUCUGUCAAGGGCAGGAUCAGAUGGAUUGUAAUUAUUAUCCUCUACCCUCACCCUCACCCUCACCAUCCCCAUCUGAUCAUAAUAUUGAGGAUGCUCACGAUAGAGAUGAAACUUACUCUCACCGGUCAUUCCUUUGGAAUUUUUGA